GGAAACAAGACGCAGACCGCCAGAUAACCAUUCGGAUCGUAGCAUUUGCUGCGCGGAUCACUCAGCGCCCAACCCCUCUCUUUUCCCACUCCAGCUGAGCCUCGCCUGAGGCGGAUGUGCAUCUGCAGUACACGACAAGGCCCACCGAGCGAGCGAAGACACCACUCCGGACCUCUUCUGGUUGGGGCAUGGCAAUUUCGUCUAGGUGUUUCGAGGGACAACGUUUUUUCCAGUCCGGUGGAUACAGGCCCGGCGGGGGACUGUCGAUUCUAAUAUCAUAGUCUGGCCCUCCGGGAGCACUUUCAUGGCGCCCUGGGCCAUACAGCCCGUGUCCGCGAAACGAUCUGGAAGCAAUUCAAGUUCAACACUAUUCCCGUUCAGCCUCGGUGCCAGUGUUGGCAUCGGUGUCGGAAUCGCCCUGAUCGUCAGCCUCGUCGUCGUCACGAGCCUGUCCUACUGGUUCUACCGCUACCGCCCGCGGGCAAGGAUCAACUCGAGGUUGCGCAACGAGACGUGGCAUGCCAUGAAGCCCUGUGUGCUUGCUCCUCCUGCUGCUGGCAGGGAGGCGAAUGCGCCGCGGAACCGCUUUGGCCGCGUGCUCGCCGUCCUCUCUCCGAAGCGCCGCAAGUCGAGGGCAGAUCUGAAUGCCACGCCUGACAGCUUUCUCUCUGAGGCCGGCCUCCAGCCGCUGCAGCUACCCGAGAAUGAGCUCAAGGAGCUGCCCAGCCAUCGCCGUGGGUCGGCCGCCGAGCUCGAGGGCGGCCUGUUCGGCGACGGCAAGGUCCUCUUUGGGGCAGAAGAGGAUGACCCUUUCGAAGAGGCCAACCGGGAGGUGGAUGCUCACGGGCCUGUGCCGCCUUACACGUGCUCUGCGGGGAGGUCAGAGCGCGAUAUCAGCUUCACCACUUUCGCCAGCAAGUCGGAGCGCGAUGUCAGCUCCAUACCGCACUACCGGCCUGAGGGCACCUCGACACCCCCUCCGCCUGGCACCCUCGACAUCAACAAGCUCGUGCUCGAGAUGCCUCCCGUCACCACCGCGCCCCAGGCAGCCUGGCACCGCAAGCGCACGGGGCCACCUCCACCCCUGACCAUCGCGCCGCCGGUACACUCACGCAGCCCUUCUGAUGCUACCUCGGCCUACUCAACGUUCGCCGCUCCUUCUUCGCCGUAUGAAUAUUACUCGUUCAAUAUACCGGUACCAGCCAUACCGUCACCACACCGGACACCCACGCUCAAGGACUCUUUUGCCUCGGAUCCCUCCUUGGGCGCGUCACACUCAUCACACUCUUCCACCUCGGACUGCUCGAGCCACCUGGUGUAUGACCAGGCGUCUUCUACCACCCCGACGUCCGUGCCAAACAUGAGCAGGUCCAACUCGGGCGCGCAGACGGCCUCAAUAUCCCUGCCACCGCCCACCCCAACCUACUCACCGACCGGCUCCCUGCACUCCCCGACGACCCAAAACCAGAAGGUGCCCAUCGACUCCACCAACAUCGUGUGCCUGGGCCCGUUGCCCAGCGACAGUCUGAUGCCGACCCCCGGUCAGUUCCAGGCUGGGUGGCAGCAGCAGGGCCCCUACCGAUCGGUGCCGCGGGUUCUGGCUGCGGACCCCAACAUGCGCCGCCCCGCAACGGCCUCGUCUGCCGGCGCACUGAGCCCCCUCACGUACCAGGACCCCCUCCUGCACGACAGCAACCCCUUCCGCCCCCACCAGAACCCUGCCAACCCGACCUUCACCCGCGAGCAUUCCAUCCACGCCCAGCAGGAACUGCUGCUGCUGCUGGAACGUGAGGAGGUCCCGCGGCAGCGGCGCCCCUCCGCCGACAGCUUGGGCAGUAACUUUACCGUUGAGGAGGAGGCGCGCAUCCAGGCCCAGAUCGUCAAGAACCUGUCCAUGAUAGGAAAGGAGCGGGUCAUUGGCGGCAACGACAUUGUGCACAUCCCGCAGUUCUCGGACAAGAGAUAUAGCUGGGAGAACUAAAAUGAGAAGAUAAAGAUUUGGUGCAAUCA